AUGUUCGCCCCCUACACAGCUUUACUCGAGAAAAUUCACGACUUAAUGCAACAACUUAUCAACAACUUCUUCGCCAAACACCUCUCCCUUGACUCCCAAGACGCCACAAUGCUUCACCAAAAAUACUACAAGGAAUACGGCCUAGCCAUCGAAGGCCUAACCCGACACCACAGGAUCAACCCUCUCGAAUUCAACAGACAAGUCGACGACGCUCUCCCUCUCGACUCUAUCCUAAAACCGGAUCCGCAGCUCCGCUCCUUCCUGCAGGACUUCGACACGACCAAGGUGAAGCUGUGGCUGUUCACGAAUGCAUACUCCACCCACGCGAAGAGGGUGGUGAAGCUGCUGGGCGUGGAUGAUUUGUUUGAAGGCCUCACGUUCUGCGAUUACGCGGCGCUGAAGUUGGUAUGUAAACCUGACAUGGCCAUGUUUGAGAAGGCAGAGAGAGAUGCGGGCGCGACGGUGGCCGGGGGUUGUUUUUUCGUUGACGAUUCCGCUCUGAACUGCAGAAAUGCUCAAGACCGCGGUUGGGAGACGAUACAUUAUGUGGAGCCACAUAUUCUUCCACCAGAGGUGCCAGCAUCGAAGUAUCAGAUUCGACGUCUCGAGGAGCUUCGGGAUCUAUUCCCGCAGUUCUUUAAGUCGGCAAGCUCAACGAUCUAG